GCCACCUGCACCACAAUUCCACAGACGGAGCCUUCAUUGCCGGUAGAUCUCGCUUCCAAGUCUCAACUUCUGUAGGGAGUGACAAUUGAAAGUGCAGCAUGAGAAGGGUUUUUUUUUUUUUGGGUAAAUAUUUACUAGUGAAAUUUUAGUGAAAAAGCUGAUAAAGAGUAAUUGAGUCUGAAGCACGAUAACCGCCUUUGGCGGGGUGGUUUCUUUUUCUGGGCUUUGUGAGUGGGCCCUCUAUGGCUUAGUGGAAGAAGUGAAGAACCGCCAUAGUCGAGAAUCUUACCUGGAAAAAUGGAACCAAAAAAAAGAACCGACUCUUGAACUUCCCCAGCCUUCACAUUCUUGGUCAAGAUCACCGUACCCAGAAGUUCAAUUCUUGCACAGUUGCCAUCCUGUUAGUGAGAAAUUGUUGGAAGAUUGGCAUAGAUUUCUGUCAGCCAUGACAAGCAUUUUAGCUUAUAGAAAUCCUCAGAAAUCGUACCUGGGAAGAGAGCAAGUGGCUGAAAGUGGCAGUUAUCACUAUCAGGGAAAUCGUCCCCUCUUUAAGAGUACUAAGCUUGAUGUCUCUCAUCUCCAGGGCACUGAAGUUGGCUCUUUAAAUCCUCAACACAGGCCUCUGCAGAUCAUGAAAAAUUCCAAAACUCCAUGUGCUGUGGCUCUACCAGCUAAACCUUCAAGAGUUGUUGGAAAAGAUAAUUUGAAAGCUGCUUGUAAGAAACCAAUUCUGUCUUUUAAGGCUUAUGCUCGUCUUAUACAAUUGUCUUCAACCAAUAUGAAAGUCCUAGGGAAGGAAGCUAAGUCACAAAAUUUUAAUGCAAGUGGUGCAAGUGCAACAACAUCAUGCCACCCUAUGCCUAGUAGUCAUCCACUUGAGAAGGUCAGAAAAGAGAUUUCUGAAUCUGAGUAUUUGCCAGGAGGCAAUCGAGGCCUGCAUGGUUUCUCUUCUUCUAAGUCCAGGGUUUUGACUGAUAGAAGUGCUCGGUUAGAACCAAAGUCAUCGACUCAGAAAAAUAAGAUUCUGGAGGGGGAGAGCAAACAUAAAGUUCAGGAAAGGAAUGCCACUUCGGGAGAAGUGCAUAAGGAUGUCUGUCUUGAAAAUGUGGUCAAAGUUCAAUACAAACUUAGUCAGGUAAACAGAGAUAAAAGAGGCGGGGGAUCUGAGUUUAUGGAAUUGAGGAAAAGUAAAGCUGCAUUAAAAAUGGCUAGAGCUGGAUUUAGAGAUUUGGAACUGAAUUUGACUGCAGGUGUAUCUCCUGCCUCAGGUUCUAGUAGUGUCUCUGGUAGUCAGUACAAAGUGUUGGAGGCACUGAAGCAGUUUGAAAAGUUAUACUUACAACUUCGGCGAGAAGAAAACCAAGGGUUGAAGGGCCGAGCGUAUGCUACUGCUCGUAAUUGCAUAAAGGCAGCAAUGAUUCUGAGGAGAGAAGGAAAGUGGAUCAACACUGAUCAAAAUAUUGGAAAUGUGUCUGGUAUUGAAAUUGGUGCUAAAUUUCAGUUUAGGGCUGAACUUGCUGUAGUUGGCCUACAUCACCAACUUUUUCGUGGUAUUUCAUAUGCUAGAUUUGGCAGCAAAACUUAUGCAAUUAGCAUUGUGAACUCGGGUCGUUAUGAAAAUGUCACCAAGUCUUCUGAUGUAUUCAUCUACACAGGUGAAGGGGGGAAUCCAAAUGUUACAAAUAAGAAGCCCAGGGACCAAAAAAUGGUUAUGGGGAACCUUGCUUUGAAGAACAACAUGGUUGACAAUUUUCCUGUGAGGGUCAUUCAUUGUCGUAAAACUCUUAAAGCAUUUGAUACCUUAGGAAUUAACAAUGGGAAGGGUCUCGCAUAUGUCUACGAUGGGCUGUACACCGUCGUCGGUUGCUGGGAGGUGAGAGAUCAACUUGGUAAGCUGGCAUUCAAGUUUGAAAUGAAAAGGCUGGUAGAAUGAACAGUUCUAAAAGGAGCAGAUGCCUUUUGCAAGAACCCGAAUUGUUCAGAUACCUUCACAUUUUGCUACUCAGGCUCAUAAUCGCAGUUCCACCCUCCAGGAGUGGAUAAUCAGACAACAUAGCAGUAGUCUUUCUCUAUGUUUGUAAAUGUGGGAUCUAUCAUCUGUAGCAAUUAGUAUAGAAUAGCCAAUGCAGAAAAAGCUUUUAGUGAUAGUAUUUUCCUACUUUUGAUCUACUUGAAGGGAUGCUGUGUAAAGGUAGAUGGUCUACUUGAAUUUGGUGUGCUGCCAGUGACAGGAACUAUGAUGUUUAGCUAAAUAGCUAAGCAUUUUGCUAGUAUUA